AUGUUGUUGUCUCUCGGAGUAGCUUCUUCAGAUGCAAACUGCGAGUUGUCAAGUGGAGCCAACAAUAACUCAAGCCAGAGUAUGGCAUUCAGACCCUUGUCCAUACUGAAACACUGUACUAAUGUAGAUGCCGUCUUCCUACUUUUUGUUUCUCGAACGCGCCGCCUGUCCUCGAGUAUGACUGGAAAUGAUGACCCUUGGGGUCGUUACAUGCCAUUCUCGGAACUAACAACAACACCUUUCCAGCAGGGCACCAUUGCAAUCAUUUUUAUUAUGACUGCUUUGUCUAUCUUGGUUUGGGCCGUCCGCAUAUACUCCAGACUCAGCAAAAAGCAAGUCGGUCUCAACGACUGGCUUGUUACUGUUGUAACCAUAUGGAAACCAUUGUCUUGA